ACUCAGUCUGUGAGCUGCACCCCCCCUUUAUUCUGUAGAAUUCUCCAUCCCACUAAGUUCUUUGCCUGUUGAGCUCAGACACUUUUUAUCCCUCCCUCUCUGUCUGUCUCUCUCAGUCAGUCCCUCUCCCUCUCUCUCUCUGCCUGCCUGCUAGCCUGCUUGACUGCCUGCCUGACAGACUGCCUGACUGCCCUGACUGAGUGACUUUCCAGGCCCAGCAUGGCUGCCUCUAUUAGGGGCACGUUCCUGUGUCUGUCCCUGGUGCUGCUGCUCCUCAGCCUGGCCUGGGCUCACUCCCUGGCGGGCCCGGCGCCGGCGGCACCACACGCUGCUGAUGCUGGAGAAGACAAAGAGUUGGUGGAGGCUGAGAGCCAGGGAGAAGUCUCUCUACGACAGGGUGAGGAGGGCCAGGCAGUACUGGCUCUGGAUGAACCCAGCGUAACUGGACUACAACGAGUUCUGGGCCAGGGACUGGUCAAGGUUAAGAGGGCUGCAGAGGACGGGGAUGAAAAAAAAGACGGCAAGGGCAAAAGGAAGAAGAAGCGUGCUCCAAAGGAGGGCCGUGGCAAGAGGCAGAAGGAGAGGGACAGGGGAGACAAGCCUACCAAGAAGCCCAAGGGACAGAGGGGUGACAAGGGGGACGACGGAGCCAAGCCCACCAAAAAGCCCAAGGGGGAGAAGAAGAAAGGAGAGAAGGGAGGGAAGAAGAAAGGCAAGGGGAAGAAGGGACUGAGUACCACACCCAUGCCCACCACAGAGAUACCCACCACCAGCCCGCUCAUAUCCUACGAUGAUGAGUUCUUCACCGACUCGUACUGGGACCAAGAGUACUAUGACGCCACCACUAAAGCCAGCAGAGUAGAGGUGCCAACGGAGGCCCCCACAGACCCCCCCACAGACCCCCCAGUGGACUCUGUGACUGACCCCAUCUACACCAUCGAGGCCGACACGGAGGAGUACGCCUACCCAGACCCUGAGACGGAUGACUACUGGAGGCAGCCGGAGCCAGACGUGGUGCCUGAGGAGGAGGAGCAGGUGCCCCAGGUGACCCAGCCCACCACCCCGCCCGUCUUUGAUGUCCUGGACAAGGAGGACGACUACUGGGACGCCACAUUCGAGGUUCCUGAGAACUUACCGUUUCCAGAUGGCAAGGAGGUGAGCCCCACAGCGGACUGGAACUACAAUAUAGAGGAGCCAACCUCUUCACCCGAUGAGAAUAAGUGGUACGACUAUGACUACGACAGGAAACUGGCAGAGAGGAAGGAGAAAGAGGAGAGACAGAAGAAACUGGAGGAGGAGAGGCAGAGGAGGUUGAAGACGCCACGUGUCUACAAGGACCCCAAAAUCUGCCCCCCGCUGGGUAUGGAGUCUCACCGCAUCACCACAGACCAGCUGCUGGCCUCCUCCAUGUCCAGCCAUCGCUACGGAGUGCACAGGUCACGACUCAACAUGCAGGCGUCGGGCAGUGAUGACGACAUGAAUGGGGGCGGCUGGUGUGCCAAUCCUGAGGAGAAGAACCACUGGAUCGAGCUGGACGCCCGCGCCAUGACCGAGUUCACGGGCAUCAUCACCCAGGGCCGAGACGACCCCCUCGAGAACAACUUUGUCACCUCCUACUAUGUAGCCUUCAGUAAUGACAGCCGUGAGUGGACCAUACUCAAUGACGGCUACUCUGAAUGGCUCUUCUUCGGCAAUUCAGACAAGCAGACUCCGGUGAUGUCCCAGUUCAUGGAGCCGCACACGGCACGCUACAUCCGGGUCAUGCCUCAGACCUGGAACGGAACCCUCUGCAUGAGGCUGGAGUUCCUGGGCUGCACUGUGCCAGAUCCCAUCAGCGUCUACCAGAGCCAGAAUGAGGUGAUACCCAGAGACGACCUUGACUACACCCACCACAGCUAUCAGGACAUGGAAAAGAUGAUGAAGUCCAUCUCUGAUGAGUGCCCCAACAUCACCAGGUUCUACAGCCUGGGCAAGAGCUCCAAGGGACUGGAGUUGUAUGCCAUGGAGAUCACUGACAACCCUGGCAUACACGAAGCAGGUGAGCCAGAGUUCCGCUACACGGCGGGUCUCCAUGGUAACGAGGCCCUGGGGCGGGAGCUGCUGCUGCUGCUGAUGCAGUACCUGUGUAAGGAGUACAAGGACGGCAACCCCAGAGUGCGCCGCAUAGUGGAGGGCAUCCGCAUACACCUCGUACCCUCACUCAACCCAGAUGGACAAAUGGUGGCCUUUGAGAAAGGCUCGGAGCUGGGCAGCUGGCAGGUGGGCCACUGGACAGAGGAGGGCCAUGACAUCUUCCAGAGCUUCCCUGACCUCAACACAGUGCUGUGGGAUGCAGAGGACAAGGGGCUGGUGCCCAAAGUGGUGCCCAAUCACCACGUGCCCAUCCCAGAGGGCUUCAUGACCGAUGCUGGCAUGGCCGGCCCAGAGACCAAGGCCAUCAUCAGCUGGAUGGACGAAUACCCCUUCGUGCUGGGUGCCAACUUCCAGGGUGGCGAGAGGCUGGUGGCCUACCCGUACGACAUGCACCGCCUCACCAAGGAGGAAGAGGAGCGCAAGAAGAAGCAGGAGAGGUCCCGCCGGUCAGUCGACCACCCGCGCCGCCGCCAGAAGAGGCAGUACGAGGAGGAGGAGGAGGAGGAGCGGGACGACCGGCGCUGGGAGCACAUCGGCUACCACCAGGAGCCCGACGAGUACCGGCGCGGCUACGGCCACCAGGAGGGAGGAGGCUACGGCCACCACCAGGAGGGCUACGGACAACACUACCCAGAGAGGUACGGCGGCUACGGCCACCACGAGAGCUACAACCAGUACCCAGAGGGCUACGGCUACCACCAGGAGAGCUACAACAACCAUCACGAGAGCUACAACAGCCAUCACGAGAGCUACGGGUAUGGCCAGGAGAGCGAUUCGGACCCCCGCUACCACGAGGGGGGUCGCGAGGGGGGCUACGGAGGGGAGGGCGAGGGCGAGCGCGAAGCUUACGGGGCCGAGGGUGGAUACGGAGGCGAGGCGGAGGACGAGACCAGGACCGUCGCUGACAUGUCCCUGUUCCGCUGGCUGGCCGUGUCCUACGCCUCCACCCACCGCGCCAUGACGCACGUCUUCCACGGGGGCUGUCACGGCGACGACCCGACCAGGGGGCAGGGCUUUGUCAACCGCGCCAAGUGGAAUCCCGUCACAGGAAGCAUGAAUGACUUCAGCUACCUGCACACCAACUGCCUGGAGCUGUCCAUCUUCCUGGGCUGUGACAAGUACCCUCACCAGAGUGAGCUGCGGCGAGAGUGGGAGAACAACAAGGAGGCUCUCCUCACCUUCAUGGAGCAGGUGCACCGUGGGAUCCGUGGCAUGGUGAAGACCAAAGAUGGGGAGCCCCUCAAUAAUGCCACCGUGUCUGUGGAGGGCAUCAACCACGACAUCACAACCGCCGAGGGUGGAGACUACUGGCGUAUGCUGAAUCCUGGAGAGUACCGUGUGACGGCCCGUGCCGAGGGCUACACGUCCCAGACCAAGCUCUGCGUGGUGGGCUAUGACCCCGGCGCCACCCUCUGCAACUUCGACCUCAGCAAGUCCAACUGGGACCGCAUCAAGCAGAUCAUGGCCCUGCGCGGCAACAAGCCCAUCAUCGUCGUCAACCACGGCAACCGCAGGUACAACAACGGCUACGGCGGCGGCAGCAGCAGCACCACCACAAGACGACGUGUCAGACCAGGCGCGGCGUCAGAGAACGGCGAAGGCGUCUCAGAGGGAAGCCUCAAAAGCAACCGUUUACGCCGCUUGCAACGGCUUCGCGCCCUGCGUCAGCAGAGGCUGCGCAACCGCAUGUCCACCACUACCCUACCGCCCACCACCACGACAACAACCACACCACCCACUACCACCACCUGGGACUACUCCUGGCUGGAGGAGAACACUCAGGCCAACGAGUACAGUGUGGGCCUGGACUACAACUACAAUUACACCUACAGCGAGCCAGUGAUCGGUGACUAUUAAACACGGACACAAAAACUUUUUUUCAUGGAAUCAACUUGUCCACACAGAGGAUGUUUGGACUGCCGAAGCGUCCUAAGGCGCUACUACGUACUACCACCCCGGUUUUUAUCAGAGCGGGGGAUUCCAACACCAUCUUAACCAUCUUCUACAGUAGGUUAGCUUUUAGGUGCACCUCUUCCAAGUGAAAGCAUUGUCGUUUCAAACUACUCUUCAUGUUCAUCUCUCGGCAGCAUAGGCCUGGUCUCAAGUUCUGAUUCAGUUUCGGCUUAAGUCUUUUUUUCACUCCAUUGCAGAGACCGAGACUUGUAAGAUGGAAAGCAGCACUCCGCUGAAGAUCUCACAUCUACACUACAUUACAACUUACAUCACACAAGGCACAUACACACCUUCUUGAUAGACCUUAGUACCAAGAUGGGAAGUUAGACAGCUUCCUGGAUCCUUCCUGUUCCCUUAAUGAACAGUUUAGUCGACAUUUGUAGAGAAACCGUUUGGAAAAAAGGGUUUACAGCAGCUUUUGGAGACAGAAACACAGAAUGUUGGACUAGCGAAAAAGCUGAUUCACAAAAGAAGAAUCACGACGAGUGAUGGUUAUGGUGAAGGUUAUGGUUAAGUUGGAUAUAGGAAAUACAAAAGGGAAGGAGCAAAAGCAACACAGAUGUCAAGAGAUCUUAGAUGUAGUUACAAAAAAGGUGUUUUUAUUAUUAUUUACAUUAUACACUCAUCAUCAGUCAUGUGAGGCGACUGCUCCAGCUCCUACUGAGGGGAGGUUGCACUGAACUGUGUCAGAGGACCCCUUCACGUGUAACUGAGGUCAAGGACUUUAACUUUCCAUCUAAUAAAGGCUUUGUUUACAUUACAUAA